AUGCCCAUGAUGGAGUACAGCCAAGUAAGCGGCGUCGAGGGGCCAAAUCGUCUACCAGAUCAAGUGGUCAAGAAUCGUCUCAAGGAGCCUGCGGCAACCGCUAUUGCUCGGGCAGAGGAUGAGGAAUUUGCCAUCGCAGUUGAGGGCAACAAAAUGGUUGUCCGCAAAUCCUCUGCCCUGCAGCGGGGAAAGAUUGACACAUUUGAUAAAACGGUUCCGAGCGAUGCUUCCCGGGGCAGCGAGCACGAUGACUCCUUUACCCAUCCUCCCUCAAAUCUGGUAGGCCAGGAGAUGGCUCGCUUGCUGUCGGCGGCUUUCUCGCCUCACACUCAUAGGGCAUAUGCAUCAGGUUGGAGUGCCUUUUGUAGAUUUAGAAAAAACAUACGAACAAAUUUGCCCGCUUCUGUAGCAGAAACUAGAGAGUUCAUUGCUUGGUUAUCCUUACAAGGUUUGGCACACGCCACUAUUACCACUUACGUAUCUGGGGUUGGUUAUUAUCAUAAAAUUCGGGGGUGGCCUGACCCUACUAAAGAUUUCAUUGUUUCUAAACUCAUGCACGGCUGUCGCAGGGAUCGCAACAGGGUCGAUGAACGCCUGCCAAUGUCUCUACCGUUGCUUGCCCAAAUUAUUGAGGCAUUUACACAUGUAUGUUCCUCACAUUAUGAAGCUACACUCUUUAAAGCUGCAGUGACGUGUGCAUUCUUUGGCUUCAUGCGCUUGGGUGAAUUUGCUGCCAUUUCAAAGACCAAGUUACAAGAAUCUCUGUUGCAUAUUUCUGACAUUGAGUUUUGUGACCUGGCAUCAACCCAGCAAUCAGUGGUGAUUUCUUUUCCAUACAGUAAAAACAAUAAAACUGGUGCUCCACAAAGGGUUAAACUAGUCACCACACAAAACUCAGCACUGUGUCCAGUAAUGGCCUUGCAGGGAUAUAUAUCAAUUCGCCCCUCAGGCCAUGGCCCUCUUUUUUGUCAUUUUGACGGGUCCCCAUUGACCGCCUACCAAUUUAAUGCGGUCCUCAAAAAGGCAUUGACUUUCUGUGGGAAAGGAGACUUGCAUUAUCGCCCCCAUUCCUUUCGAAUUGGGGCGGCAACUACUGCAUAUGAAUUAGGUGUUCCAUCAACUGACAUUCAACAAAUGGGACGUUGGCGGUCAGACGCAGUAUUGACCUACAUUCGCCCCAUGCCUGUGGUCACUAUCCCCCCUAUUUAAAACAAUUUAUGGCGGCCCACUCUUUGCCUUAAUCUGGUUUUCAUUGUAUAUUUGUCUUCACAGGCCCAGUAUGGAUCAUUGGGGAUUCAAUAAUACGCUGGGCGGCGAGACCCCUAGAGGUUAAUAUACCAGUACUGUGGCAUGGCAAGAGCG